GGCGGGGCCAGCGCGUGCCGGGAGUGACGUAACGCGGGGCGGCUUCCGGUUCCGGCCGUUCCUUUCCUCAGCAGCGAGGCGCAGGAGCCGAGCGGUGCCAAGAUGCAGAUCUUCGUGAAGACGCUGACGGGAAAAACCAUCACCUUGGAGGUGGAACCCAACGAUACCAUCGAGAAUGUGAAAGCCAAGAUCCAGGAUAAAGAAGGGAUCCCCCCGGACCAGCAGCGCUUGAUCUUUGCGGGGAAGCAGCUGGAGGAUGGCCGCACCCUGGCUGACUACAACAUCCAGAAAGAGUCCACUCUCCACCUGGUGCUUCGCCUGCGGGGAGGAAUCAUCGAACCCUCCCUCCGCCAGCUCGCCCAAAAGUACAACUGCGACAAAAUGAUCUGCCGCAAGUGCUACGCCCGCCUGCACCCCCGCGCUGUCAACUGCCGCAAGAAGAAGUGCGGCCACACCAACAACCUGCGCCCCAAGAAGAAGGUCAAGUAAAUAAGGGGAGGGGGGCAGCACCCCCAGAACCUCCCCUACACACACACAGACCCCGCCUGCGCCCCCCACACCCCUUUCAAUAAAGCAGCGCAGCUCCGCGCCCUUCCCGUGUG